AUGGAGAAUAUUGUCAAGGAGAAGGAAGCUGCAGACUUCGACUUAUUGACAGCUUGGAUCAAAGAUGAAAUGAAAGAACAUGGAAAUAAAGCAUCAAACAAGAUCAGGAAUUCAUUCAGCUUUGGACUUUAUGCUGAGGCAUAUGAUGCACUUGCAAGAAGGCAACGUGGUCAUGCUCAUCUACCUCCAACUUAG